AUGGACUCAGCACAUCCCAACCCCAACAAAUUCGCCCUCGAAACCACCUCCCUCCACCAAGCCCUCCGCUCCUGGCUCCGCGCACACCACAUCAACCCAACCAUCACCACCGCCACCCUCCACCACCCCGAACUAACCACCCGCGAACGCGCCCAAAUCCUUGAAGAAAAGCGCAAAAUCCUCGCACGCCAACGCGACGGCGACGAAAUCCUCCUCCACCCCCCAGUCCCCAGGGACGAAUGGCCGAAACGGGCGUACAAUACUCGACCGCGGCGAUCUUCGGCGACGGCGAUGCCGAUUCCUAUUGUCAGGAGUCAGCAGAGGAGGGGUGGACGGGCGGCUAGUAUGAGCGUUGUUGGGAAUGAGGUGGUGGAGGGAGGGGGAGGGGAUGGGGAGUGGUCGAUCUGGGCGAAGACGUUGAGGAGGGAUAGUAAAGCUUCCUCGAACGCUACUGCUGCUGCGAUGCAAUGGAUGGGGAGGGAUCGGAGUGUUUCUUGUCCGAUUUACACGCCUGACGUGGUGGUUGAAGCUGCAGUCAUGGAAGAAGAAGAAGACACAUGCACUUCCCCUUACGAUAUGGAUAUGGACCUCGAAGCCGGCCCUCCCAGCAAGAAGGACUACGGCACCCUUCCCCUGCCUUCCUCCAGCGUCAAUACGGCGAGGCGGGAGGCUGUGGAACGCGCGAGGAGGGAGGUUGUGGGGAUGUAUCUUGUGGGGGUUGUGGUUGUCGGGUUGGUGCUUGUUUUGGGGGUUGGGUGGGUGGUUGCUAUGGCGUGGUGGGAGGAGGUUGCUGGGGAGGAGGGGGUGGAGAUGUGA